GAAGAAGAAUUUGUUGUUAGGUUUAAAAGUACUUUUGAGCUAUCCUAUUAGGCAUCCAAGCAUGCACUAUAUAGUUGCUAUACCGUAUUUCCUUUCUAUUUUGUUUUUGUACGUGUAAUAUAUGUUCGUAGCUGUUUUAUUUGUAUAUUUCAGCUUUCCUAAUCCUGUCUAUAAUUCGAAAUGAUCAGUGGUUUCUAAAAGAGAGCAUCAUAUACACACACAUAUAUAUAUAUUAUCUUUUUAUUUGAAUUUCUCUUUUAACACUUGCUUUCUCUUUGCUAGUCUGACGAAAUCCCGACUUCUUUUAUAGCUUCUGUUUAUGAAAAGGGGAGGAGAGCUCAUUUAUGCUAGUCCACUUGGUCCUAAAUCUAGUGAACUAAUUAUCAGUUAUUUUGAGGCAAUCGAAGGAGUUCAAAAGAUCAGAUAUGGAUAUAACCCUGCUACGUGGAUGUUAGAGUAUUUUUGCAGGGAGACGCAACAAGAUCUAUUCAAUGCCAUGGGAUCCAUGUAUUCGGCAAUCCUCUUCAUUAGUAUAACAAAUGGCACAGCUGUUCAGCCUGUUGUUUCCGUGGAAAGAUUUGUUUCUUAUAGAGAAAGGGCUGCAGGGAUGUAUUCGGCUUUAUCAUUUGCAUUUGCUCAGGUUGUGAUCGAGUUCCCUUAUGUGUUCGCACAGGCUAUGAUAUACUCUACAAUAUUCUAUUCCAUGGCUUCCUUUGUCUGGACUGUUGAUAGGUUCAUUUGGUACUUAUUCUUCAUGUAUUUUACGAUGCUAUAUUUUACCUUCUAUGGAAUGAUGACAAUGGCUGUCACACCAAAUCAUAAUGUCGAUCAUUGCUGCUCCAUUUUAUAUGUUGUGGAACCUUUUCAUUGGUUUUAUGAUUCCUCACAAGGUAUGGAAACUGAUACUUAUUGCUUCUUUAUGGAGACACUAGUGGAAAAUUAG